UUUUUAAUUAUUAAAAAAAUAAUAAUAAAAUAAAAUAAAUAAAACACACUUGCUCGUCAUUUUUAAUAUAUUCCCAUUACAACAUGCAUGGUGGAAAGCGUAAUUUUCUCCAUUUUUACGGGGCUGAAUUUCUGUAAAAGCCUCAAAAUCCUUCCUAGUAGACCUUGUAAGAUGAACUCCCUUCAAUUCCUUAAUUUACGGGGCUGCUUUUCUCUUGAUAAGUUUCCAGAGCUUCCAAGAUAUAUAACGGAUUUACGUUUGGGUGGGACAGCCAUAGAAGUAGUUCCUUCAUCAGUUGAGUGCCUGUCUGCUCUUGAUACUUUUCAUUUGGAUAAUUGCAAAAAGCUUAAGAGUCUCCCAACUAGCAUUUUUAAGUUGACAUCUCUCCGGAAUAUUUCUCUCUCUGGUUGCUCAAAUCUCAAGAACUUCCCUGAAAUCUUGGAACCUAUGGAACGUUUAAGGUUUCUUAAUUUAAAUCAAACAGCCCUCAAAGAGCUUCCCUCAUCCAUUGAAAAUCUAGUUGGCCUUAAAAUAUUACUGCUUUAUAUGUGUGAAAACCUUGAGUUUGUCCCUGAUAGCCUCUAUAACCUGAAUCGUCUUUAGUCCUUUCCAGCUGCAUAAAACUUGAAAAGCUGCCUCCCAUGUUGGCCGGUUUGUGCUCUUUGGUUGUACUUGAUCUCAGCGAUUGUAAUUUGUUUGAAAUCCCAAAUCACCUCAUUAGCUUAUCUUCAUUAGAAAGCUUAAAUCUAAGUGGAACCAUGAUUGAAACCAUACCUGCUAGCCUCAAACAAGUUUCCGGGAUGUACGAUCUAAACUUAUCCAAUUGCAAGAGACUUCAGUCUUUACCAGAGCUUCCAUUUCUUAUUUAUAACUUUGAUGCACAUGGAUGCGCAUCACUGGAAAGUGUUUCAAGGACUGCAUUCACAGACAGAUUGGACAAAUAUCAAAUUCGUAAUCGCUAUGAGGAAUUUGCACUUUCUAACUGCCUGAAUUUGGAUCAAAAUGGAUGGAGCAACGUAGUGACUGAUGCAAGGCUCAGAAUCGUGCGCAGCGCAACUGCUUCAUUAUUGCUUAAAGAUGACAAUUAUGAAUCUCGUCGAACGCCUUCAGUUACUAUUCUCUGGCAGGGAAAUGAAAUUCCAAAAUGGUUCAACUACCAGAAUGAGGGGUCAUCAAUACAUAUCAAGCUUCCUCCAAAUUGGUGUGACAUAAACUUCCUUGGUUUUGCAGUAUGUAUAAACUUCCUUGGUUUUGCAGUAUGUAUGGUUGUUUCAUUCAACAACUGCACCGGAGAAUGGGAUUUGCAUUUUCGCUGUGAAUCCCAGUUCAAAUCAGACUCAGGCGAAAGCUAUGAAUCAAACUGUUGUUUGUAUGGUUGGGGUCGGGGGAAGAGUAGAACCAGAGUAAUCAACUCGGACCAUGUGUUGAUGUGGUAUGACUUGCGUUUGUAUAUUAAUGCUGUAAAAGAAAAAGAAGGAAAAAAAUUUGUCUGAGGCAUCAUUUAACUUCAACCCUGUGGAUGAUAUUCAUGAAGCUCUUAGAUCCGAACCUGUCAACUUUAGCAAUGUGAAGGUGAAAAAAUGUGGGGUAUGCCUGUUAUAUGCUGAAGCUUAUGAGAAAUCUGAUUCUGAAGUAGAAGACAGCUCAAAAACUAAGAGAUGUUGAGAUGAGUUUGAAGGGAAUGGUGAUGGAACUCUCAUCUCUGAAAAGGAAGGAGAUGAACCACAUCCUAAGAGAAUUUGAAAGAAAAUCUUUUUCAUAGGAUGUGUUAGUAGAUGGUGUGCUAUUGGCAAGAAGUUAAAGCUAUGUAAUUAAUGUAUGUUAUAAUAUGUGGAUAAAACAGUGUGUUUUGGUAUUUGGCAGCUGUUAAUUUGUUGUAUGUGCUGUGAAUGUUAAUUUGUGGUUUAUAGUUAACAAGAUCUUUUCUAUAAAUGUUUUUGUUGUGGUUAUUGGGUGUGAAGUGUAAAAGAAACAAUUUGACAAAUAGAAACUGGGUUGUAGUAGGACUUGGCAAAGUUUUUUUUCUGUUUGACCUUCUACUUUUCAUAAUCAGUCUUCUUAUAUUUCUUGAGGGAUCUGCAGGACAACUACUUUCUUUUUGGGAGCUUUUCAUUUCUUUCAAUCUCAUUUCAUAACAUAUGUGUGCAGAUAUCGUGUUUGAUAAGUAAAUGUAAAUGCAAAAGUAACUCCAGAAUACAACGUAUUUACCAAAAACAGUCAAGAUUCUACCAAGUAGAAAUUGUGUUUGUCUUCUUGUCUCACUAGACGACAACUUGAUUUUACCAACCACCAGGAAUCCCACACACACGGUUCCUCAAAAGUGCAUACUCGCCUAAUCACAUUUUGGGCAUCUGACCACCACAACACAUUAGACCAUUCUUGAUUUUCUGCCACCUUAGACACCCAUAGCAGAGCCUUAAGGCUCUGCCAUUGCGGAUGUUUCCUCGUUUGCCACUGCAUCUACAUUGAUCGCUAUCCAAACCAUCUCCCCCUCCAUAGAUCCAAAACUUGCUGCCACCAUCUGAGGCAUGUCCUUCUUUCCUUUGAAAAUGCUUUCAUUUCUCAUGUGCAAGAUAGAGUAGAACAGAGAGACCCUGUUUGCUUGAGCAACGUGAACGUGAAAAAAUGUGGGGUAAACCUGUUAUAUGCUCAAGAUGCUGAAAAAAUAUGGUUCAGAAGUAGAAGCCAACUCCAAAACUAAGAGAUGCCGGGAUGAGUGGGCCAAGCGGUGAUGGAACUCGCAUCUCUGGAAAGCAAGGAGAUGAACGGCGUUCUAAGAUAACUGAAAGCAAAUCAUUUUCGAGGCCAUCUUUUCAGUCCCUUUGAUUUUUAGAACCAGAAGCAGGACAAUUUUCAUGUCAAGUAAACCAUUUCUAAUCAUUUUGGUUUUACUUGGCUAUUUUGGUAAAAUCAAAACCAAUUUUCAUCGGUCUCUUUUCAUUCUUUUCCUUCUUUUUUUUUUUUGGAUAAAUUCUUUUGUUUUCAUGUUUAACUGCUGGGAAAAUUGCAGUGCUUGUUAUGACUAUAUUUAUCAAUAAAUGAUGUAAAUAAACAUUAUUGUAAAAAUAAUAAUAAAUAAAAGGUUAACAAGUGCAAGUAAAAUUUGGAGGAAAGCCAUUAAUAUAUUUCUAUAAAUGCUAACAUUUUACAAAUGAAUAAGCAAAAAAUAUGGCAUUAACCAGUUCGUAGUGAACCUAUCCUAUCACAGACUUGCAGGGAAUGAGUAACAAAAAGACCCAAAAAAAAAAAAAAAAAAAAAAAAAAAAAAACACAAAAAAACAAAAA